UAAACUAUUAAGAUUUAGUCACAGCAUCUGACACCAUGGUUCUAGCAAAUUUAUCUUGCAUUUCUAAUAAACUUACUGAGGAAAUAAUUCAGAAUGCCUUUAGAAUCAAAACUGGAAGUGCAGACAAUGUGAUGUCUAUAAAGGUGAAGCGCGCAGCUCCGGCCGGGGAGGGUCUGAUUAGCGCUGUCUAUCGGAUCACAGUAGAAGGACAACAUCAUAAAGCCUCGUUCAUUGCCAAGGGGUUAAUCAAUGAUCCUCUACUGAGAAAAUCCAUCAUUUGUUCAGAAACCUUCUUCGAGAGAGAAGCAUUCUUUUACACCAAUAUCUUACCUGCAAUGGCAGCUGUGCAGAAGUCGUUGGGGGCGAAAGAAAGUUUGCAGAGAAGUAUUCCAGUUUGCUACGGGAGCUAUGUAGAUGGCAAAAAUGACUACAUUAUAAUAGAAGAUCUGGCGGAAAAUGGUUGCGAAUCUUUGACAUAUAGGCCAACUGAAGAUGAGCGCGAUGCUACAUUGAAAACCCUUGCCCAUAUCCACGCAGUAUCUAUGGCCCUGCGAGAAACUAAACCCGAAGUUUUUAAUAAGAUAGCAGAUAAGUUGCCUGAAGCAUACUAUAAUAAACAAAACAAAGACUGGUAUGUAACUUACCUUAAUAACGCCAUUGAAAUCGACCGCGAAGUACUCGCUGAAUUUGAAGAUCCAUCAACUAGUGUCUAUUAUAAGAAAUUUGAGCAAUUAGUAUCCCAUAAUGUUUAUGAUCAACUUAUUCAAUUGACGGCACAUCGUGAUGAACGUGCGGUUUUUAAUCAUGGGGACGCCUGGACUCCUAACUUCCUUUACUCCGGAGAACUGACAGUUGCUAUUGAUUUCCAAGCUUUCAGAUGCGUAUCCGUAGCACUGGAUUUGUCCUAUUUUAUCAUACUAUGUGGUAAUUUGGUCCAAAAGAAGGAAGAUUUUGAGAAAGCUGUUAAAGUUUAUUACAAUUUUUUGAAAUAUUAUUUGCGUGACAUGGGACUCAAUGAGAAUGUCGUAUGUUCCUGGCCUGUUUUGAAUGAUGAAUUGAAGAAGUAUGGUAAAUUUGGACUUCUGGCAGCUCUUACUUCAAUACCUUUGUUAGUGAGUGAAAAAUGUGACGUUUUGGAAAAGUUUGAGCACAAGUUCGUUGGAUACGACAAAAUACCUCUGGAAGAUCUGUGGAAACUUACUCCUAUCGAAUGUCGUGAUGAUAAACUGUGGCUAGUUAAUGCUGUACGAAUUUCAGUGGAUAUGGGUUUGAUUUAAUAGCAUAAUAUUUUCAGCUUUACUGGGUAACGGAAAAUUAAUAUUGUGUACGAGUAAAUGUUACCUGUUAUUAAUAUUAUAAACAUUGUUUAAUUUUUUUGAAGCUAGUUUGGGUAUUCUCAUAUAAUUUGACUACGAUUAUCUCAUCUAAAACGGCCGUCAUUCCUUUUGAAGAUAAUAAUACUAUUAAUAUAUCGCAAAGAGAGGCUCGCGAACCAAUUUGUAAAGAAAUUCCACUCUAAAACACCUGUAUCUCGCUACAGAUAAGCCUUUGGAUGAGUCGACAGAAUAUAGGAAUGUCUUGGAGGUUUCAACACGGAAACAUGGAGAGAACAGAAGGAAAGCUACUUCACGGGAAUCGACAAUUUUAUUUUUAAUAUUAUUAUAUCAACUUGUUUUUCUUGCCAUUAUCCUGAUGGCGUCCUCACUAGAGAUGCAGGGGUGUGCCUUAUUUUAUUAAUAUAAUUCAUUCAUAUACAUAUAUAUAGUCACGUCUAAGACCCUUGCGGGGUAAACAAAGCCAACACAGAGUCUUGAAAGAUUUGGCUACGUUCAGCUAUAUGGCUUUAUCAUGUUAUUGAGAUUCAAAUAGGUUGCUAGCCCAAUCGCCUACAAGAGUAAUACCAAGUUUAUAAGCCUUUCCCUUAGUCACCUUUUACGCAAUUCAUGGGAAAGGUAUGGAGUGGUCCUAUUCUUAAGUGCCGGAAACCACGCGGCAUCUUAUAGGGCUAAAAAUGGAUCUGAAAUUUGCUAAAUAUUUAUUUUUGUUCCGAUAAUAAUAAGAAUAAUUAGUCUGAUAUGAUAUCCUAUUUCUAUGUACCUAUGUUUCCUAAGCUCCUUUAUACAACUAUGAACGUACUUGCUUUCACCCGCGGCUCCACCCGCGUUUAAAGUAUCUUAUGUCCACCGUACUCCUUGUGUUCGCAAAAUUUCAUGGAGAUCUGUUCACUGGUUUUGACGUGAAGGACACAAAACACUCUUACUUUUUUAAUAUUAGUAUGGACUCAAAUUCUUAACCCGUCAUGUCAUUAGAUCGUUCGGACACAACAUUAUUUCUGUAUCCUAAGCGUUCUGUACUGACUCGUGACUGCGAGAGGCUCAAAACUAAUUAUCGCGAUGCUGGCCGACUGUUAGCCGACAAAAGUCUAAAUGGCUAGUGGUCCGUGCCCGCUCGAACAAACAUACCACUACAUAUAACUACAUACACACGUCUCUAACAUUAUAAACUCGAACAUUCCAAUACACUAUGCACAUAACGUUUUGUGCGCACCGAAAUAACGUGCGUGUAACGUUUAUUUGUUAGAAUAGAAAGCACGAAAAAAAGUGUCAAUUAGCCAUUAUUUGCUGACAAAAGACUGUUUGGUGACAUAUUUGUUAACUCUUUUAGUUAUAUUUUUAAGCGCUUUAAUGUUUUUGUGUACUUUCUAACAUAGUUUUAGAGACAUUGUAAAAUAACACUUACACUAAAAUGAGCAAAAUCAAAAUAAUAUCUUCACUUACGAAUUCAACUCACAUUGGUUUCCUAAAAGUACUUUUAAAUUCGCUUAAAAAAUGCUCAUAUGUAUAUGAAAUAUUUUUUUGGUUUACGUUUCGAACGAAUAUCGGUAGCGACUGUGUCGGAGUUGAAUUUAAAUAUCAUGACAGCAACGGCAUGCAUUGGAAGUGCCUGUUUGACGGAUAACACAAAUAUACCUACUUAUAUGUAUAACAUCUUCAUCUGUUACGGGGUAGACCGAGCCAAAGCAUUCUUUUUUCUGGAUAGUUCCACUGGAGCUAGGCCCCGGGCAAAAGACUUGUUAAAGAUAAGAAUUACCAAAUAAAUACUUAGCUAUGUAUAUAAU